AUGCAGUCCAAGAUCCUCCUCUCCACCCUUCUGGCCUCUGCCGCCUCUGCCAACUUCAUGGCCCACCCCAACAUGAAGCGCGAGAUCGAGGCCCGCGCCACGGCCACGGCCACUGGCAUUCUCUCCGACGAGUGCCAGAGCGCCAUCCUCGACGUCUACUCCGACGUGCCCACUCCCCCCGCGGAGAUCGUCUCCGACCUCCUCGACCACCCCCAGACCGACCCGUGCCACUUCUCGACCCCCGCCAGCCUCAGCAAGGAGUACGCCAGCUACAGCUCCGAGGUCGUCUCGUGGUACGACAAGAACAAGGGCGCCCUCUCGUCUGCUCUCUCCGAGUGCCCUGCCCUCAGCUCCUACGCCACCGGCAUCGACGCCUGCGAGACUGGCUCCGGAUCCGGCUCCGGAUCCAAGGCCAGCUCCGACUCGGGCUCUGAGGCCAAGGCCACUGGCACCAGCGGCUCCGACAAGGCCUCUGCUACCGGCUCGUCCAGCAGCUCUUCUCCCACCGGUGCUGCCUCGCGCCAGACUGGCAUGGCUGUUGCUGCCAUGGCCGUCGCCGGUUUCGUCGUUGCCCUUCUGUAA